CGAAAUCGCCGCAAUAGGAGCAUAUUAAACAUGGUUCCAGUUGUCAACUGUACGAAUGGUUUCACGUCAACUGUUUGGAAAAUAUCGUUCUAAAUGCUUUCAUUUUAGCUACAAUGGAUAAAAAAAGUCCGGUACGUCGAGCAAAACGUUCGGCAAAAGUGUUGGAAGAUAAUUUUUGGGAUUGUAGUGUGUGUACUUAUAGGAAUACAGCUGAAGCAUUCAAAUGCCUAAUGUGUGACGUUCGUAAAGGAACUUCUACGAGAAAACCUCGCAUAAAUCCCCAACUAGUAGCACAGCAGGUAGCUACUCAGUUUUUGCCUGCCACAAGUACCCAAAAAAAGGAAAAGAAAGACAAGAAGUCCCUUAAAAAACGAAGGCAUCCACCUAGGCUUAAAAAUGUUGAUAGAAGCUCGGCACAAACCAGGGAGGUAACUGUGAAUAGUGUAACUGUAGUGAUAACAGAAUACAAACCAAAAGUGAAGAGUUCAGAUACAAUAUCUAGUUCUAGUUCCUCAGAUCAUGGUUCACAGUCCGAGUCCAGCAUGGAUGCUCGGUGAAACUGCACUAUGAGAACAAACAAUUUCAUUAAUUCUCUUAUAUGUUCUUAUCAAUGUAAGUUAUAAGAAGAAUCUAUAUGUGAUUAGACUGGAAUGAUAUUUUGACAUUACUGAAUCACCGAAUGAUUUGAGAUGUUUAUUAUCAAUUCAACUGCCGCUUAAUGGUAAUUAUUCAAACUCCAAUAACCAAAUACUGUGAAUGAAAUAAUGUACAUAGCAUUAGACUAUUAACAAAUCUGCUCGUGUACUGCCGAUACAUUGUUACUUGAAUUCAAACCUUUUAUACGGUCUGCGCCUCUGGAUACCCAAUAUACAGGUCCUACCUAGACAUUUUUACCUAGGUCAAAAUAAGUGAUGUCCUUCAGUCUCUCACAAAUUUCAUUUUGUUUCUAGCCAAUCAGAUUUGGAAAGAAUUUUCCAUCUAUUGCAUUUAUUGUUUUUUCUAGAGAGUUCUUUACGAGGGCCACAUAUACUCAAAUCAUUAGGAAAAUAAAUGCUAUUUGAUUUUCUGUUUGAUUAAUGGGGAAAACAAGUUGAUCUUAAUAGUUUAAGAUCCCAGUUGUUAUUAGAUAUCCAAUAUUGAUAUGAAAAUUCUAAUGUUCAUGCUAAAGACUGAUUGAAUAAGUUGAUAAUUCUCACUAAAUCAGUUUAUAUUCACUUUAUUAUUUUUUUGUAGUUCAAAAUACACACUUAGAAUAUAUGCCCCAAUUGUUUAUGGAAAUAUUGUUAUGAUGAGAUAUUUUGAAUAUCAGAAAUGAGUAUAAUAUACAUUAUUCAACAGAAAAUUUUUUAUGAUCGAAGGCAGUUUGAGGAUGUACAUGAUAUAUCGUUGAAGUGAAUUGUAAUUUUGUGAACAUGUUUACCUUAUGAUUCAUUGAAGAGAUCAUGAAUAAUCCAUGUGUCUUGACAAUUAUAUAUGGGGCAGAGUCUUCACUUCGAAUUUUAAUUAGAACGAGACCUACAAGACGGUUGGAUUUUGCAUCUAUUUUUAAAAGAAUGAAAUACUGUAAAUUUUAUAUUUUUCAACGAAGCAUUCAAAAUGUUAUUUUUAAAUUAUUGCUCAAUGUUAAAUGUGAUGGAGUACUAAGAUCUAAAUCGAACUAUGUUCAGAUUGUGUGCAUUGUAAUAAGUGUGAAUACACGUUCAACAGGA